UGAUACUAACCACCUGCUAAUCCUCCUUGAUAAGCUUACUUUAAAUCCCACAGGGAAAUACAUAUUUUUAACCUAUGACAUAUCCAGUAUGUACACAUCUCUUAAUUUAAGCAAAUGUAAGCAAUUUUGUACACAAGCCUUCAAAACUUAUCGAGCCUAUUUAACUUUGCCAUUUCAAUGUAAUGAUAUUCAAUUUAAUAAUUUACUGAAUUUAUGCUUAGAUUAUAAUUAUGUAAAAUUCAAAAAUCAACAUUUUAUUCAAAUUAAAGGUAUCCAAAUGGGUAACUCAGCGUCAAUCUCAGUAGCAAACAUUACAGCUUUUUAUGAACUUAAUGACAUUUUUAAAGACAAACCUGAGAUCGAAUUUAAUGCCAGAUUUGUGGAUGAUGGUUUACUUAUAAUAAACUGCUCUGAAAUUAUGGAUAUCGAUGUCUGGUGUAGGCAAACUUUUUGUCACCAAUAUUUAGAGUUCACUUUAGAAACAAAUCACGAUUCAAUUAAUUUUCUUGAUGUGAAUUUAAGUUUUAACGAUGAGAACAAGAUAACAACAUCUUUGUACUCGAAGCCAAUGGCUAAAAAUAUUUUUUUACAUUAUCAAUCAAACCAUCCUAAGUCAUUAAAGGAGUCAUUACCAUACUGUCAAUUUCUACGAGCGAAAAAAAUAUGCUCAAGUUCUGAUGAUGCUGAGAGACAAAUUAAUUUAAUUGCUGAUAAGUUUAUUAAUAGAGGGUAUCCUGAAAAUGUAUUAAAGUUGUGUAAAGAAAAAGUACUUAUUAUGGAUAGAAAUAAUUUACUCAUACCCAAAACUGAUUUGGUUAUCAGACACCUGAAACGAAACCAACCUCAAAUUCUUGCUACAUACAAAUUGAAUAUGAGUUGUAAUCCAAUACGGGAAAAUAAUGUAUACAUAGUUAUGCCCUUCUAUAGGAAUAUGUAUGGGUUCAAAAAAUUUAUUUUGGAAUACAUACGUAAACAAGCUGACCAGAGUACAAAUGUCAGAUACAGAAACAUAGUUAAGAAUCUAAAUUUAGUUUUAUCAUUUAAAAAGGUGAACUCUCUUGAAAUGUACUGCAAAACUCAGCCAACAAAAUAAUGUGAAUUUUAGAGUGUAAGUUUCAACAUUACAAUUCAACAUUACUCGAGGAAACAUAUUUUUAAUAAUCACCAAAUAGCCUGAUGAAGCUGAAUUAUAUUGCGAAACGCGUCGCUUGGUCCCUUCCUUUGGUGGCGUAUUGUGCGGUCAGAUCAGGCGGGAACUGGCCUUGAGACCCCUUGACGAGCGUGUAAUGCUGGUGCGGAGUGGCUGCGUCGUACAUGAUUCCACCCUGACCGUGACCGUAACCUUGACCUUGACCACCUCCACAGUCAAGAUAGGACGUCCCAUCGCCAGAUCCGGCAUAAUUGUGGUCACCAAUCACCGUUUUCGGGUGUGGAAUUCCUAAAAUUCCUGGAAAUAAUUUUUAAAAAACACAAUUUAUAUUUUCAUAGUUUCAUUUUAUAAAAAUAUGAAACACCUGUUGUAAAAUUUUGAAAAA